UGGUAGAUUUCAACCUCAGUAAGACUGGGUUCGAACGUUUCGGCGCUUUGCUAGUUAGGAGUUGUAUAAAUUAUGUUUAACGGUUUUUGUUCCUAACAAAAAUCAUUUAGGCGAUCCUGGUAGUAACGGCAACGGCAGUGUCCUACAUUCUGAUUAAUGUUGUGCAUGAGUGGAACUGUGUUUCUGUGCCAGUUUCGAAAGUUCCUACUAUCUGAAGUCCGUUCAUAACUGUCGACCGCAUAAGAUUCACCAUAAUUAUGUCGAGCUCACGAUCUACAGGGAAAUUACGGGACUCCGGGGGAGAAUGGACAGCUUCAGAGUCAAUGUCAGUAGCUGAUCUUCGGAAAAAAGUAAAAUCACUUAUGGACAAAUUACAGUUUCACAGCGCCUUAUUUUGGGCGGACAAAUUGGUAACGCUAAGUAAGGAUAAACCAUCAGAUGUAUAUCUUUUGGCGUCCUGCCUUUUUCAUGGGCGACAGUUCCAUCGUGCAGCUGAGGUAGUAAAAAGACGUGGCUACCACUUCUCGCACCUCCAGUGCCGAUUCAUAGCUGCCCUUGCUUAUCUCGAGAGUCGGGAAUUCGACCUCGCGAUGGAGCUCGUUGAUCUGGCGCCGAUAAAAAGCGACGAUACCGAAACUCUUGCAGCCCUUGAAGUUGUUAAGGGGCGCCUUUUUGAGACGCUGGAUGACUCUCAGAAUGCCGCUGCUUGCUACAAAACAGCUCUUACAUUAGACAAUUGUAACCAGGAAGCUCUGCACUUACUUGUCAAUCACCAUAUGCUGAACAAAGAAGAAGAAAACGAGGUAUUAGCACUCGUUAGCCGAAACGAAUUUACACAGACCUUAUACUCGUCGCUAUUAAAGAAGUAUGAUGAACCUGAUGAGCCUCGGCCGUUAGCCUUAAGAGGGCUGGAAAACAACGUCGACUUGCUAACAAAUCGAGCUGAAAAACUCUUUUAUAAUUGCGACUACCGUCGUUGCCACGAACUUGUAAACGAAAUUCUUGAACGCGACCCAUUCUGUCCGGAAGCUCUUGAAAUUCAAAUUGCUUGUUUGAUGGAAUUGAAUAAGGCAUGCCAAUUGUACAUACUUGCUCAUAGACUGAUCGAUACCUAUCCUGAAAACGUACUCUCGUGGUAUGCCGUUGGAUGUUAUUAUUAUCUUAUAAGAAAAGCUGCUGACGCUAGGAAGUAUCUCGAAAAAGCAACUACCUUGAAAGCAGCUUUUGGCCCAGCGUGGCUGCUAUACGGACAUGCGUACGCUGUCGAAAACGAACACGACCAGGCUAUGGCGGCGUACUUUAAGGCGAACCACCUUAUGCCUGGAAACCAUUUACCAACACUCUACGUUGGUCUGGAAUAUCAACACCAAGCAAGCAACAAAUUGGCCGUGCGAUUUUUCGAACAAGCCCGGUGUAUCGCUCCGCGGGACCCAUUCGUAAUCCACGAACUCGGCGUUGCUGCGUACGAGAGCGGCGAACACGAAAAAGCUCGGACCCUGUUCGAAGAAGCCUUAACUAUUAUACAAAAGGCGCAUCAUUCAGCGUUGCCUGACAAAUGGGAACCAUUGCUUAACAAUCUCGGCCACGUCUAUCGUAAGUUGCGGCGGCUCGAUCAAGCCAUAGGCUUUUACCAACAAGCGUUAGUUCUUAAUCCAUUUUGCCCGUCGACACUGGCAAAUCUUGGUUUUGCUUAUUCACUUCAAGCGGACUGGGAUAGAGCGGUCGAUCAUUUUCAUCAGGCGCUUUCACAGAACCGUGAUGAUACGUUUUCCACGACGAUGUUGCAGAACAUUCUUGAAAUGAUGCUUAGCGAAAAGAAUCUCGAAGACACUGACGUGAUGCCACCGUACAAAGAUGAGGAUGGCGCAAUUGCGAAAGUUGAUAUCCAGGAAGUUAGUAUGGAGUGACUGUGUUAAUAACUAGCAUUCAU